GCUCUGUCCCUGACGCGCUCUCUUGCCCCUUUUCUUCCCUCAGCCCCGGCCGCGCUGAGGAGCCUGCCGCCUCCCGUCACCGUGAGUGUACUGCACACCACAAGACCACUGCACACAACUCAGCAGUGUUUGGCUCCUUUGCCACCUCUGCCUGAGAAAGGAGGCGAAGUACGUCAUGGUUUGAUCCCAGAGGAGUUUUUCCAGUUUUUGUAUCCUAAAACAGGAGUUACAGGGCCUUACAUGUUAGGUACUGGACUCCUGCUUUACUUGCUCUCUAAGGAAAUCUAUGUAAUUAACCAUGAGACAGUUGCAGCGGCCUGCAUAUUAUCAGUCAUCAUCUAUGGCGUAAAAAAAUACGGGUCUGAUGUAGCAGCUUUUGCUGACAAACUUAAUGAGGAGAAAGUUGCUAAAGCUUUAGCUGUGAAAAAUGAGGCUAUUAAAAAUCUUGAGACUGCCAUUGAACAGGAGAAGAAGGAGCAGUGGCGAGUUGAAGGCCGCAGUUACCUCUUUGACGCUAAGCGGAAUAAUAUUGCAAUGUUGCUGGAAACUAAUUAUCGAGAAAGAUUACUGACAGUGUACAAUGAAGUAAAGAAAAGGCUGGACUAUCAAGUGGCUCUGCAGAAUUUAAAGCGUCAGAAAGAACAAGAUCACAUGAUUCAGUGGGUGGAGAAAAAUGUUGUUCAGAGCAUCACACCUCAACAGCAGAAGGACAGUAUUGCGAAGUGCAUUUUGGACCUGAGGGCAUUAUCGAAGAGUGCACAGGCAGCAGCGUAACCACAUCUGAUCCACUGACGUGUGUCUCAUUACUUAUUGUUGGAAACUGUAUGAUUCUAAAGUAUCAUUAAACCAACAAACAAAA